GAAUUUAUUGUUCUGCUGAUGAGGAGUGCUGAAUUGGAAAUUGGAAUUCCUAUAAUUAUUAUUAUAAAUCCAAAUAAUAGUAGAUUCAGUAAUUCGUGUUGUCUAUGUUCGUACCUGUAUGAAACAUUUUAAGUGCUUAUAAAACGAAAAUUCUCGAAACAUUUUAAAACAUCUUAACUUCUUCCUCUUUUGCAAGCCAUAUAAAUACAUCCGAAAUGUCUACUGACUAUAAUUAUUGUGAAAUGUGCGUCUAGGAUAUGUUUGCAAGGUUAUUGUAUUUUUACUUUUGUGUCUUUCUUCCUGGAUAUCGCCUGUCGUUUUUAAUUUGACUUCCUUUAAACAUAUUUGUGAUCAUGAGUUCAAAUAGAGAAGUAGCCAACUGUGGCUUAAGAACAGUCGACCUAGAUCAAAUUUGGGGUGAUCUUAAAUGUGGAAUUGAACAGGUUUACAACCAACAAUAUAUGCCAAAAGGUCGCUAUAUGGAACUUUACACUCAUGUAUACAGUUAUUGUACUAGUGUUCACCAGCAACAAUCUCGACCAACGGCAAAAACAAAAAAAAGUGGUUCAAACAGUCAGGGUGGGGCUCAAUUUGUAGGUCAAGAAUUGUACAAAAAACUCAAAGAUUUUCUUCGGAACUAUUUGGUCAAUCUUUUAGAAAAUGGAAUCGACCUGAUGGACGAAGAUGUUCUGCAGUUUUACACGACUAAGUGGGACGAGUACCAAUUCAGUUCAAAGGUCUUGGAUGGAGUUUGCUCUUACUUGAAUAGACAUUGGGUUCGACGAGAGUGUGAUGAAGGCCGGAAGAACAUGUACGUGAUCUACCAACUGGCCCUUGUGACCUGGAAAGAAAACCUAUUCAAAAGGCUUGAUAAGCAGGUUACCAGCGCAGUUUUGAAGUUGAUUGAGAAGGAACGGAACGGAGAGACCAUCAAUACUAGACUUGUUAGUGGAGUGAUCAGUUGCUAUGUUGAGUUGGGGCUCAACGAAGAUGAUCCAGCUGCCAAAGGUCCCAACUUGACGAUAUAUAAAGAGUCUUUUGAAAACAUGUUUCUUGAAGCUACUGAAAGAUAUUACAGCAGAGAGAGUUCUGAGUUUUUAUUGCAAAAUUCUGUCUCUGAAUACAUUAAGAAAGCUGAACAGCGUCUCUUGGAAGAAGAGAAAAGAGUUAAAGUUUACCUGUAUGAGUCAACUUUGGUACCUUUACGGCGCACAUGUGAAAUUGUACUUAUUGAAAAACAUCUAGAAAUUUUCCAUUUGGAGUUUCAGCAUCUGUUAGAUGCAGAUAAGAAUGAUGAUUUACAAAGAAUGUACGAACUUGUGUCUAAAAUCCCUGAUGGACUUAGUGAGUUGAGGAAUUUGUUAGAGGUACAUAUAGCUAACCAAGGUCUGGAAGCCAUUGAAAGAUGUGGUGAAAGUGCUGUCAAUGAUCCCAAGGUUUAUGUAAGUACCAUCCUUGAAGUUCACAAGAAAUACAAUGCUUUAGUAUUGUCAGCAUUUUCUAACGAUAGUGGUUUUGUUGCCGCUCUUGAUAAGGCCUGUGGAAGAUUCAUCAAUAACAACGCUGUAACUAAAGUUGUGAAUUCCAGCUCUAAAUCUCCGGAAUUGCUUGCCAAGUUUUGUGACUUACUUCUGAAGAAAUCCAGUAAAAAUCCAGAAGAAGCUGAGUUAGAAGACACUCUAAAUCAGGUAAUGGUUGUCUUCAAGUACAUUGAGGAUAAGGAUGUGUUUCAGAAGUUUUACUCCAAAAUGCUUGCUAGACGCCUUGUGCAACACAUGUCAGCCAGUGAUGAUGCGGAAGCAUCUAUGAUAUCAAAACUAAAGCAAGCUUGUGGGUUUGAGUACACGUCCAAACUUCAGCGUAUGUUUCAAGAUGUCGGAGUCUCUAAAGAUCUCAAUGACCAGUUUCGUAGACAUAUGGAAAACAGUAAUGAAAAUUUGGAUAUCGAUUUUAGUAUUCAGGUUCUUUCAUCUGGAUCUUGGCCCUUUCAACAAUCAUUUAAUUUUUCCCUCCCAACAGAGUUGGAGCGAAGUGUUAGCAGGUUCACAACGUUUUACAGCAAUCGGCACAGUGGACGUAAACUAAACUGGUUAUACAACAUGUCUAAAGGGGAAUUGAUCGUAAACUGUUUCAAAAACCGAUACACACUUCAGGCAUCCACAUUCCAAAUGGCUGUCUUACUUCAGUUCAAUUUAAGUAAAAGCUGGACAGUUCAACAGCUAUCAGAAUCAACCCAAAUUAGAGUCGAGUUCCUCCUGCAAGUACUAGAAAUUUUACUUAAAACCAAACUGGUCAGUUGUGACUUCGAUGAAAGUAAAAUUGAUGCUGAGUCGGUGAUGAACUUGAACACCGGAUACAAAAACAAGAAGUUGCGAGUUAACAUCAAUAUCCCAAUGAAAUCGGAACAAAAGCUCUCGGAAGAAAUCACACAUAAGUAUAUUGAGGAGGAUAGAAAGUUGGUUAUUCAGGCAGCUAUUGUGAGAAUCAUGAAAAUGCGCAAAACACUGCAGCACCAACAGCUUGUAGCAGAAGUCUUCCAGCAACUUGCAUCAAGAUUUAAGCCAAAGGUGCAAACAAUAAAGAAGUGCAUCGACAUUUUGAUUGAGAAAGAAUACUUGGACAGAACUGAUGGACAGAAAGACAUGUACAACUACCUUGCUUAAUGUGGUCUUGGAAACAAAGGAAUGUUUCAUGAUGUGCUGCCUAAUCUACCGAUGCUGUUUACUGGAAGAGAUGCAAUGGAAGAUGAGAGGAAGCUACUAAAUAAUUAGUCCAGUUAAACCUGUGAUAAUUAAUAUUUGUUAUAUAUAUUUAUAAAGACAUAAUAAGCUAAGGUACACUAAAUUUUCCUCACAAUAAACUUUUUGCCAAUUUCUUAUAAAGAAAAUCUUUUGAGUCCAAGAUUUUCAUGUGAAAAUCCAGGUAUUUGAAAUUAUUUGAUGCAGGGUUAAUACAACAUUUUUUUUGUAUCAACCCUUUUGACUUUUAUUUCACAUUUUAUUUUGUUUAAAGAUAUGUUUUGUUGGCAAUCGUUCUGCCUUUGAAUGUUGUUUGAAACUGGGCAUAAUAUAUUUUCUUGUAAAUUUACUAUCCAUAUUUUACUAAGGUAUUAAUUAGAUCCAUGUUAUAUUUAAAAAUUACGUUAUUUCCUUUUUUAUUUGAGUUGUUUUGUGUAAAUAAAUUAGUUAACCUAAAAGUACACAAUGAUAUUUUCACUUGGAUCUAAUAAAUUUUUUUCUAAAA